UAAAACCGAUGAUACUGUUGAGAAAACUAACCGGAGCCUCUUGUUCAUCACUGAUGGCUCCUCACUCCUCUCUCCUCCGUCCUCAACCUCACCCCUUCUCUCUCCCUAACCCUAACCCUAACCCUAGCCCCAACCCUAAUCUCAUCAACCGCUACACCCUCCUCCCUCUCCGCUCCGUAAAGCUCAAGACCUCUCUCCCCCACUCCUCCUCCCCCGACGCCGACACCAAUCGAACCGCCUCAGCUCCGCCUCCUCCUCCGACGAAGAAGUCGUUUGCCGUCGCGACUGGGGAGCUGUUCCUGGGCCUGGCGGCUAGGAUCAUCAAGCGGAGCAAUGAAGGCCCGGACCGUGAGGCUGCCGGAGCCUCCGUUGCUAUGUUUGAGAGCUCGAGGAAGUUCUCGGAUGAGAGAAUUGCGAAGGUGAUGGAGGAUGAGAUUCAGCCUGGGGUGGUAUGGGAGCAGCGCGUGAAGGAUGUGGAGGCGGAGAAGGAGAGGCGCGUGAUCACCAGUCCCGGGUUUAGUUUCUCUGCUGCGGGGCUUCUUUUUCCUUAUCAUUUAGGUGCUGCUCAGUUCUUGAUUGAGAAUGGAUAUAUCAAGGAAACCACUCCAUUAGCUGGUUCCUCGGCAGGUGCCAUUGUCUGUGCUGUGAUUGCUUCUGGAGCAAGCAUGGAAGAAGCCUUACAAGCUACUAAAAUUCUGGCCGAAGAUUGCCGGAACAGGGGGACGGCUUUUCGACUUGGGGCUGUUCUUCGAGAAGUUCUUCAAAAGUUCUUGCCCGAGGAUGCUCAUACUAGGUCUAAUGGGAGGGUUAGAGUUGCUGUAACACAGCUCCUAUGGAGACCAAGAGGUUUAUUGGUGGAUCAGUUUGACUCCAAGGAAGAUCUCAUUAAUGCAGUUUUCACUUCUUCCUUUAUUCCAGGAUAUUUAGCACCAAGACCAGCAACAAUGUUCCGGAAUCGUCUUUGUAUUGAUGGGGGCUUGACCUUAUUUAUGCCACCAACAUCUGCAGCAAAAACGAUUCGUGUUUGUGCUUUCCCAGCUAGUCGAUUAGGUUUACAAGGAAUCGGGAUCAGUCCAGAUUGUAAUCCUGAUGAUAGGGCAAGCCCUCGAGAGCUUUUCAAUUGGGCACUGGAGCCAGCAGAAGAUGAUAUACUUGACCGGCUUUUUUCGCUUGGAUAUAAAGAUGCAGCUGUGUGGGCCAAGUCCAAUCCCGCUGACCAAAUAGUCGAAGAUGAUAGUCCCUUCAUCGGUAGUGGUUUAGCUCAGUAAGCAAAAUGCAUAUUAUUCCCUGCUGGCCUUAACACGCAUAUUAUUUCAUUGUUAAUAUGAACAAUGGAGAUCAUGUCAUGUCAAUUUUUUUAAAAUUUUGUAGAAUAUUCACUAGUACAGUGUUUAAACAUAGUUAUAUAAAUAUAUAGUAUGGCAAUUGUAUAGCAGGUU